CGGGUGUCUCCUCGUUGGCCGGGGCCGGGGCCAUGGCGCUGGGCGGCCGGCAGUUGUUGCGCUCGCUGGCCUCCUCCGCCUCCGCCUCCGCCUCCGCCUCCUCCGCCUCUUCCACCGGCGCCGCCGCCGCCUCGGCCAAGAAGAUCCUCAUCAAGCACGUCACCGUCAUCGGCGCCGGACUCAUGGGAGCGGGCAUCGCCCAGGUGGCUGCCUCGACGGGUCACACGGUGGUGCUGGUGGAUCAGUCGGAAGACAUCCUCAAGAAGUCUCGCAGAGGAAUCGAGGACAGUCUUAAGAGAGUGGCCAAGAAGAAAUUCGCAGACAAGCCUCAGGACGGUGACGAUUUUGUGGCCAAGACUCUCAGCAGCAUCACGGUGACCACGGACGCGGUGACCGUGACGCACAGCACCGACCUGGUGAUCGAGGCCAUCGUGGAGAACCUGAAGGUGAAAAACGAGCUCUUCAAGACCCUGGACAAGUUCGCGGCAGAGCACACGAUCUUCGCCAGCAACACGUCUUCUCUGCAGAUCACGAGUAUAGCCAAUGCCACCACUAGACAAGACCGGUUUGGGGGUCUCCAUUUCUUUAACCCAGUGCCCAUGAUGAAACUUGUGGAGGUGGUCAAGACACCGAUGACCAGCCAGAAAACAUUUGAAUCUCUCAUGGACUUCAGCAAAGCCCUGGGCAAGAAUCCAGUCACUUGCAAGGACACCCCCGGAUUUAUCGUAAACCGUCUCCUCGUGCCGUAUCUUGUGGAAGCGAUCAGGCUGUUUGAGAGAGGGGACGCGUCCAAGGAAGACAUCGACCUGGCCAUGAAGCUGGGGGCCGGCUACCCCAUGGGCCCCUUUGAGCUCCUUGACUACGUCGGCCUGGACACCACCAAGUUCAUCUUGGACGGUUGGCAUCAAAUGGAUUCAGCAAACCCUCUGUUUCAGCCCAGCCCAGCCAUGAACAAGCUGGUAGCCGAGAAGAAGCUCGGAAAGAAGACGGGAGAAGGAUUUUACAAAUAUAAAUGAUCCCCGCCUUAUCCCAAGUGCGGAGAGAGGCGUCCUCGUGGCCGUGGCCCCCGGGGCUUGCCGUGGGUGGGGUGGAUCCCACCCCCUCACCCAGCCAAGUCUGUUUCUGGGCCCUUUGAGUGUGAUCUCUCUGAAAUAACUGUUUGCACUAGCUACAGGAAUAACACAUUUCUCUCUGGAGAACAGAUCGUUUUUAGUCUAUUCAUUUCUGGGUAUCUCCCUAAAAGCGUCCAUCACACACACUCGGUGCCUUGGAGCGGAUGAUUCUCCCGAACCUUUUACCAAUUUUGUGAUUGCUCAGUUGAGAGAGACAGGAGAAAUGCUUCUGAAAAUACUCCUUAUUCUCUAAUCGAUGGUCUUCGUCGGCCUUUUCGCUUUCCUGACUUCCCAGCCCCUCCUCAGGCAAUACUAGUGCUUUCACACAAGAUGGCAGUCCGCGCUCUGCCAUUUAAAAAACACUCUUUUUGCAAUAUUUAAAUCAAUCGAUUUGUGCUUAUAAAAGUAUAAGUAACUGUCUCUCUUCAGCCCUCCUCUUAGAAAACUAAGAGCUCUGUCAGCCCUUCUAGUUGACUGGUGCAGUUUUUCCAUCUAUUUGGAAUACGGUAAGGGAUUCUGCUUUCUCAAUCGUAUGCCUUUUUUAUUAUUAUCGUUGUUGUUAUUAUCCUUUUAGGCAGGUAGCCGUCAGCUUCGUAACUAUGGGAUCUUUCGAUCUGCCACGGUCCGGGUCUUAACUAACAAAGUGUAAAAUGUAAUGAGGUGAAGUGAUAUUGCAGUGAGUAAUUGUUUUCGGGAGUCAGGUACUGACCUUAAUUUCAGAGGUGGGGAGUGGGAGGAGAGAGGGCGUCCACAAACCUCCACGCGGGCACCACGGCGGGGCUCGAGCAGCGAGGCGUGCGUGAAGAAAUGUCAGAACGUUUCCGAAGCAUCUGCCGUUUCCUGUGCCUGCCCUGCACGAAAGCAGAGGAGGAAGAUGCAGCACAAGCUCCCUUUCAGCUACUGGCUCGAGCAAGUGUCUUCAGCGAUUGUGAUGACAGAAUGAAAUCCAGGGCGAUGAGGCUGGAAGGAAAAAAUAAAUAAUUUCAGAACAGGGCUCUUCCCAGAGGGGAAUUAGGUGCCGGGUCGAAUGACACCAAUAUAAAGGUGGUGGGAGGGGGGAUUUUUUUUAUUUUUAUACACUGAUUAACUGUAGGGGGUUAGGGAGUCGUUCACAAAAAAGCCACCAAACUAAUGAGGACAUUUCCCCCACCAGCCUCAGAACCUGGGGUAAGGAAAAGUUUUAAGGAGAGGAGCCCAACAUGGGAAGCUCCUGUCUGUCCAUCUCCUUGUCCAUGAAUAAAGGUUAACCAUGUGGUCAAACA